AUGAUGUUGCUUUAUCCCUGUUUGCCCCACACACAGUGGUGUGACAAGCUGGAGGCUGGCAAGGCGCAGGGGGAGGGGGAGGGGGAGGCACGGACUGGGGAAGGUGCAUCUGCAGGGAAGGCGAAGGGGGGUUCGUCCAUCGAUGCGCUGCUGGCGAAUGAAGUGGCAGCACUCAAGAAACAGGUGCGUGCGUGUGGAGAGGGGGUUGAGGAAACAGGUGUGUGUGUUUUGCAGCGGCUCACAGCACAAACACCCAUCACUUCCCUCUCUCGCAAUCCUCUUUUCCCUCCCUCUUCCUCCCCUUGCCCCUCGUCUUGUCCCUCCCCUUGUCCUCAACGCUCUCACCUGCCUCGGUUCGUGAGUGUGGAGUCUGGGUGCAAGGCACUGCUGUUCGUGAGGAUUAGAGAGGAUGCCAGGAAGGGGGGGAAGGGAGAGAAGGGAGGAAAGCAGUUGGAGGAGGGAGAGGAGAAGGAGGAGGAGGGUGAGAAGGAGGAGGUGGGGAAGACGGAGGAAGGGGAAAAGGAGGAGGAGAAGGGUGAAGGAGACAAGGAGGGGAAGGAGGGGGAUAAGGCCGGGGAAAAGGAGCAGGAGAAAGAGCAGGAGGAAGAGGUUACAGGAGGAGGAGAGAAGGAACCGGAGAAGGAGGGACAGGGAGGGGAGGGGGAGAAAGGGGAGGCAGGGGGAGAGCAGGGAAGGGUGUCGCCGUGUGAGUUGGCAGAGGCGGUGCUGCGGCAUGCCAAGGCCACCCAGCAGUCAGCCACUCGUGGGUGUGGGGCAGUGGGUGUGGGGCAGUGGGUGUGGGGCAGUGGGUGUGGGGCAGUGGGUGUGAGGCAGUGGGUGUGGGGCAGUGGGUGUGGGGCAGUGGGUGUGGGGCAGUGGGAGUGA